UGUCAUACCCGUGGUAUACGGUCUGAUAUACCAUGGCUGUCAGCCAUUCGGCAUUCAGAGCUCGAACCACCCAGUUUACAUAAACUGAUUUGACACCUAGUGAUGUCACCAGGCAGGCAAAAAACCCGUCCCACCAAAACAGCCAGAAAUUUCGGGCAGUCUUUUCAAACAACGCCUACACUAAAAGGGCAUUAAAAUAAUUCUCAAUUUCACAGUAUUAUUCCAACCUCCUAGUGUGGGAAUGUGUAUAUUAAACAGGAUAAUUACAUUUGACUGCACUGGGCAUUUAAGUGAAUGGGGUUGGAGUGGAGCAGGAACUCAGCCCAGGUCAGGAAUGCCAGACAGGAAGUACUCACUGUGUUUGGUUUACUACUACAGAAAUAGACUUCCUGUUCCCUUGAGCCCCUCUGGGUGGAGGUGGGGCUGUUCUCAGCUCAAGGUGAUGACAGUGGUGGAGGGGCGCAGGGGUACACAUCUAUAUAGACCACUCCUCAAAGUGUUGUGUUCAGCCAGCAAACUGGGGUCCUAAUUGGCACCUUGUUCUAAAAUGUAGUGUACUAUGUGGGACCUGGUCAAAAGUAGUGCACUUUGUAGGCAAUAUGAUGCCAUUUGGUAUGCAUACUGGGCCUAUAGCUAGCAUAACAUUGACAUGAGUGGUGAGAUGCCCAGUGCACGCACACAAGGCCAAUGUUGUGGCGGAAGUAAGGAUAGACAUCCAGUGACUUUAGUGAUCCGGGUGGUAAGUAAGAUACAGUAAGAACAAUGGGGCACUGGCCUUGAAAGUACAACAGUCCCACCCUGAGAGGAGACAAUAUAACAUCCUCUUCCCAAUAUGUUGCUGUCAUAUUUGGGAAGUUUCUCUUAGUCUUUUGUUUUGUUAGAUACCUGGCCUCAACCCAUUAUGGUACUUGGCAUAUGAACCACUAAAGACAUGGUACAGGAGGCUUUACAUCAAAUAAACUCUAAUUGACUGCCUCACUGAUUUGUGGAAGCUGCAUCAACUGGAUUGGGUUACAAACUGGAAAGGAAAAUAGUUGUAAGAAAUCCCAUCACGAAUACCAAGGCUGUAAUAAAUAAUACCCCCACUGAGGCUGUUGUUGGCUAGUGUCUGUGCCACUUGGCAUAGUUCAGUGUGUUUUGAAGAGGUCCAGGAAACGAGGAGAUGUAAACACAGACGUGGGGAGAGGUCAGAGGCCUUGACUGAUACACAAAUAAACAAACUCCCUUUAGAGGUAGCAGUUGUGAAACGUCCCUAGUUUGUCCCAGAUCUCAACAGCUGUGGAGGAUCAGAGGACAUUACUGGGACUUCGCUCCUCAAAGACCAAUGUACAGCUUAAGGUCAGUACAUAAUUUACUCAUUGUAUUGAGCUGCUUUACAAACUACAAUGUCUUACAAAUAUGGAAUAGAGUUUUCCCUUUAAUUUCUAAUGGCAAGUACUGUAUGCAUGCAUUUUUCUAUCAACGAGUAUGUAUAACAUGUAUUUGCCCGUAGAGGAAAAUAAUAAUUUCAGACACAGAGCGGCACUCUUCGACACAAGACCAUAACCCCUUAGCUCUCCCCCUUUUCCCCCAUCCAUCUGGAUUUUGUCUUUUGGCUGGAGUCCCCUCCCUCUUGCCCUCCCCCUCUUUGCCCCCUCUCCCUCCCUUCCUGCCGGCCUCUGCGUAGAGGAUGUGUCUGGGAGUGUGAGAGGAAGGCCGUCAGUACAAUGGAUAUGUGCCUUCGUUCCUCCACCCCUUCUCUCUCUUUCGGGCUCUGAUCAUCCCCCUCGUUCAGUGGUGUUCUGGCCGUCUGGGUAGGCCACUGUUGGUGGUGGACAGGCGGACCACUGAACUUAAAUGUCAGACGGAGACAAGAAUGGUGGUGACAAACCUGAAGCGCUCCCAGAGGUGUGGCCAGAGGCGGAGCGGGCAGAGAGCUUGGCCCGGGGCGCGGCCCUGAAGUGGGCAUCGGGUGUGUUCUGUCGCCCUGAGCAUCUGGAGAGGUUAGGACAGUACCGCAAAAGGGAAAGCCAGAGGACCUCAUCCAUCCAGUCAAGACUCAAGUCAGUGGUCCAGUCCUACCUAGAGGGGGUAGGCUGGGGUCUGGAGCAGCUUCGUGAGGCCCGGGCAGAGCUGAAAGAGGUGUCCCAUGCCCUGGGGAAGGCAGGGGUGGAGUCCAGCAGAAACGCAGAGGGAGUCAAGGCUCUGGAGAUGAUGCGAGAGGUCUCUGUCAAUCACUGUCAACUCCUUGCUGCCGUUAGCAACCUGCCACGCCUCUACUCUGUACAGAGCAUGGUAUCGGAGACAGAGAGGCUGGUGGAAUCUCGCCGGCUCCUGGAGGCCCACGCACGUCUGAUGGAGCUGGAGUGCUGGCAGGAUGACGUCCUGUGGCAGCUCCAUGGAGCAGGGGCCCCUGGGACAGCCCUCAGUGCCCAGGAUGAGGAGCUGGUCAGGAACUACUUCUCAGGCGUUGGAAAGCUGGUGGAGGCUCUGGGGAAGGAGCUGUGGGCAGUGGUGGGGAGUGGACUGGCUUUAGCCCGGCAGAACCCUACGCCGUUUGUGUCUGCUGUGAGGAUUGUGGAGCGAGAGGAGGCGCUGGAUCAGGCCAUGCUCGAGGAGAGAGGAGGUGCAGGGGGCCACAGCAGGCCUCUUCCCCCUGGACGGCCACGCUGCUGGAGGGAGCGCUUCUUCCAAGUGUUGGAAGAGGCAGUGUCUGCACGUUUCCGUAGCGUCUCUUACCUGCACACCCGUGGGCCUGGCCUUGCAGGCCACCUGUCUGCCCUACAGCACGGAAUCAUGGGAGACCUGGCCACGGUGCGCCACCUGCUGGACCACUGCGUUCCGCCCCACUAUAACCUGACCAGGGCCUACCUCCGCGCUUGCCACCGCUGUCUACAGUCACACAUGGGCCAGGUCAGUGGAUGGGAGCUGGAGAGCGGGGAGAUCUUUGCUGUUCUUAACUGGGUCCUACACAUCUACAACAGCUCAGAUAUGAUGGGGCAUCCAGACCUAAUGGUGGAGAUGGAGUCAGAGGAGCUGGGACCCCUGAUCUCCCAGGAGUGUCUGGAACAGCUGCAGAACAAAUACGUACACAGUGUGCGGAAAAGUGUGUCUGAGUGGAUGCAUAAGGCCCUGGAGGUGGAGCUGACAGACUGGCAGAGAGACCAGGAACCAGACACUGACCACGAAGGCUUUUACCUCACCAGCCUGCCAACCAUCAUCACACAGAUGCUGGAGGAGAAUGCACGGGUGGCUCUGAUGGUUAGUGAAUCACUUCGGGAUCAGACCAUACAGAUGGGGCUCUAUGAGAUGGAGAACCUCCUCAAUAGGUUUCGGGAGGCUCUUGUGGAAUUUGGGAAGGAGCACCGCAGGGAUCAGAGCACAAAUCAAAACAAGUUCUAUCUCCAUUAUCUACUGGCCUCUAUAAGCAACUGCAUCAUCCUCAAGACCUCCACAGAGAGUUUGCAGCAGCAGCUCUCGUCCCGUUCAGCCAGCCGGUUCUCCCGGACUCCCCCCGGCCCCCUGGCUGCUCUGGACCGGGCAGUGAGGAGGGCCUGCCGCCUGGUGAUGGACCAGCUGCUGCUAGAGCUCCAGCCUUUCCUGCAGGGACUACUGUCUCGCUCCUGGCUGGCCCAGGGAGAUGUCAUGGUUACCCUGAAGUUAUGUGGAGUCCUGGAGCGCCAUUUUGAGCUGUAUAGUCGUGUUCGCCCACCCUGCCGGCAGCGUUUGCAGGAAGAGUGCCAGUGGCUGACGGUAGUGGAGUAUGUGAGGGUGUUGAUGCAGAAGAGGCUGGUGUGUCGGAAUGCAGAGGAGCGGCGCCAGCUCGCCCAGAGAAUGGCACUGGAUGCCCAGCAUCUGAGGGAUCUCUUCCAGGGCCUGGUGGAAGUGGAGGGAUCAGUGAGUGAGGUGAACCCAAUGGCUUUACUGCCUGUUCUGGCUGACUUCAUCCGGCUAAAAGACCCUAGCAUGCUUACGCUCGAGGUGUCUGGACUGGUGGCCAAGUACCCUGAUAUCAGUGAUGAGCAUGUGUCAGUGUUGCUGGAUGUUAGGGGGGAUGUUUCCAGGGAUGUGAGGGGUACAGUUCUGGAUCUCCUGGAGCAGAGCACUCCUCCUCUUCCUGCUGGCUACCGACCCAUCUUCUCUGACAUCCUGGUCCCUACUCCUAGCAUGCCAUUCUGUCUGCCUACUGCCAAGUGUGCCUGACUACAAUUUUGCAGCCUUUAAAUCCACGCAACACACAGCUUGUGAUUCAUAAGUUAUAUCAACUUUAUAAUACAUCCAUCCACCGCACAGUGGAUUGUAUAUCAAGCUUGAUGGUCUGCAGAGUUCAAAUCUAUGUUUAUUGGUCUUGUACACAGUUUAGCAGGUGUUAUUGCAGAUGCAGUGAAAUGCUUGUCCAGCUUCACAGGGUGGUACUAUGGAUAUUGUCUGGUGAGAUGGUCUUAAUGAAUACAUUACAAUUCCAAUGUAAUUUAAAUCAAUCCGUUUGAUGUUCUGAAUUGAUUGUUACCACAAGAGACUGUACCUACAGAAAAUCGGGGGGCACCUGUAAUGUGAUGUAUUUUACUGUAUUAUUCAUUGUAAGUAUAUUCAGAUGAACAAUACAUUCUAAAUGAAAAUCUGUGGAUUUCGUUACUU